AUGUCGACAGCACGUCGUGAUAAAUUGUUGUGCCUUGAGGCUGCCGCGCAGGAGCGGUGGGCGCAAGAGAAGUUACAUGAGCAGAACGCCCCGCUGAAGGGCGAGCCAGUUCCCAGCAAGUUUUUUGUCACCUUCCCGUACCCGUACAUGAACGGGCGUCUGCAUCUCGGCCAUGCGUUUUCUCUCACAAAGUGUGAAUUCGCAUCACGCUUUUGGCGAAUGAAGGGGCUUCGCUCGCUCUGGCCAUUUGGACUGCAUGUCACCGGAACCCCCAUUGCCGCCUGUGCGCAGAAAAUUCAGAAGGAAAUGCAGCUGUACGGAAACCCGCCACAAUUCCCAGAGGAGAUGUUGGGGACUCCGUCAGAGGAGAAGAAAGACGACAUUGCCACCAUUGGACAGCACAAAAGUAAGCGUGGCAAAGCUGCUCCCGCCAAGCCACAGUGGAUUAUUAUGCGAAGUAUGGGUAUCCCUGAUAAUGAGAUUGCAAAAUUUGCGGAUCCACUUUAUUGGCUUGAUUACUUUCCUCCCCUUGCCGUGGAGGACCUAAAACGGUUUGGCUGCCACAUUGACUUUCGUCGUUCUUUUAUAACCACGGAUCGCAACCCAUACUAUGACCGCUUUGUUUCAUGGCAGUUCCGGCACUUGAGGCGGGCGAAUGUACUUGGGUUUGGUAAACGAUACUGCGUUUACUCCCCAUGGGACGGCCAACCCUGCGCGGAUCAUGACCGGGCGGUUGGCGAAGGGGCCUUGCCACAGGAGUAUACACUGGUAAAGUUGAAGGUGCAGAACGCAACAGAGCAUCCUGCUU